AGAAACCCGGAAGUGAGUUUACAGACCGGUGACCCUCAGCAGCAGCAGCAGCCGCCGCAGAGUACCGUCCCACUAAGUACAGGAGCUGCUCCUCCAACAUGGCUGACCUCUGGCAGAACUCCAUGGAUCAUGCUGUCGCCGCUGCACGAAGAGCCGGACAGGUGGUGCAGCAGGCUCUGCAGGACGACAGGAAGGUGAUGACAAAGAGUUCGUCUGUUGAUCUGGUGACACAAACUGACCAAAGGGUUGAGCAACUCAUCAUCCAAUCAGUGAAGGAGAAGUUCCCCACACACAGGUUCAUAGGGGAGGAGUCAGUGGCUGCAGGUGAACCUUGUGUCCUGACUGAUGACCCCACCUGGAUCAUCGACCCCAUUGACGGGACGACCAACUUUGUUCACGCAUUUCCUUUUGUGGCUGUUUCCAUUGGAUUCUCCGUCAACAAGCAGGUGGAGUUUGGGGUCGUCUACAGCUGUCUUGAGGACAAGAUGUUCACGGCGAGGCGGGGGAGGGGAGCCUUCUGUAAUGGAGAGCCGCUGCAGGUUUCCCAUCAGACAGACAUCAAACAGUCGAUCAUCGCCACCGAGUUCGGCUCCAGCAGAGACCCUGAAGCUGUCGACAAGAUCUUCUCCAGCCUGAGGAACGUCCUCUGCAUCCCCAUACACGGUGUACGUGGAGCGGGCACUGCAGCGGUCAACAUGUGUCUGGUGGCGUCUGGUUGCGUUGAAGCAUAUUAUGAGACAGGGAUCCAUGUUUGGGACGUGGCCGCUGGCUCGCUGAUUGUCUCCGAGGCUGGAGGAGUCCUGAUGGACACGGAGGGAGGAGAAGUGGACUUGAUGUCCAGAAGAAUCGUUGCUGCCAACAACAGAACUAUCGCAGAGAGGAUCAUCAGGGCGAUCGACCCGUUCAAUCCAACCAGAGACGACACUCCUUCUAGGUCCAGUCAGUGAGGAUGUGUUCUCAGGGAAACAACAGAUUUUGUGUGAUUAGUUUUCAAAGUUUGUGAUAGUAAAGUUUAACAUAAAAACAAAAACAAGUUUGUUUGAUUUCA